AUGAAUACAUUUCCAUUUCACGUUUAUAAAAGGAGAGGGUUACGAGAGAUAUAGUUGAAUAGAGAAGAGAAAGAGGAAGAGAAAAAGGGGAAAGAGAAGAGAAGAUGGUUUUUUGUUAUGCAAUUCGGCUGUGUUUAUGCAUUUUCUUGGCACUUUCAAUCGUCUCUUCGGCUCGACUAACUUUUUCAUUUUCAGAAAACGAAAAGAUGAUGGUGAGGGGUAGAUCAUUGAUGGUGAGCACCAACGACUACGGCGAGCCAUCGGCCAACGCCAAACACAAUCCACCUGGAAGGCGUCGUGGAGGAGGUCGGAGAGGAAAAAAUAAAAAUCCCAAUAACAAAGGUGACAACCGAAACAGAAGCACAUGACCACAAUGCUAAAGAUGGAUAAAAAAAAUAGAGCAAAAAGAAAGACAAAAAUUUCAGUAGUCAAGAGUAUAAUUAAGCACGUAUAAUUUGCAAAAUUUUUAUUUUAUUUUUAUGAACCGUUUGGUGUAUAUAUAUAAUCCUUGCUUUCCAGUUUUGAUGAUCUUUUUGUGCUACUUUGUAUGCGGUUAAAGAUUGUUGUAAUAGGCAAAGAAAUCUUAAGUAAUGCCUCAGCUGUUAAACGUUG